GAUGUUUUGGUCUUCUAGCAAAUCUGAUUUGUGGUGAAACGACUGUAUAAAAACUUAUUUCCAUGGAAUUAGCAUUGGACUUACCUUGGAUUUUACAGUGAAUUUUUAUUUCAGCGUGAUAGGACUCGGUGGAGGACUAAAUCUUAUUUCUUGAAAAAGUAAACAAAACAGCAUGGCCUACAUGUGAUGCAAGAGGUCAUUGUGUCACAGUUCAAAGUUUACAGAUAACUUUGUAGUAUAAAUACUCGUCACCAAAAACAUAUUUUUGUGAUUUAAGUAUAUAAAAUUUUGUAAUUAUCUAUUAAAACUUCAGGACAGUCACAAAUUUCUAAUGGUGACAUAAGGCUAGUUUCCAGCGAUUUUAUUGGAUGUCAAAUGCGCUCCCUUUUCACAAUGAAGCUCAGACAACCUCCAGGAUUGGAUCUACCGUUACUUUGCAUCUUCACGCUUAUAAACUUAAUAGAUCGGACGAUACAAAACCGUUAUGACCAAGAUAGAUGGGACCAUAUCACCAUUCGGUAUGGUUUCUGGUAUGACCUGCCCACGUACCAGUCAACUGCAUUCAAGGAGGGCUAUGAAAGGCUCAAUGAUGUCUGCAAAACGGACCUGUACCAUGGUUUCUUGUUCAGACGAGAUGACAAUAUGAAAGCCAUGCCGAUCUACGAUCUCAAUGGCAACCUAGCCGGCAUACAAUCUGCUAUUCCCAGUAACAUGCGUGGCUACAAUUCCUUCAAUGAGACUAUCGACCUUCCACCCUUGGAAAUCAUGCCGCCAGUCUUGAAGGGUAUUCGAGACAGCAAUGGCAUCCUCUACUACACCGUCACAGCUUAUUUCAAGCACCCACGGCUCAUCUGCAGUCCCGUGACGCCCAAGGGUGUGCUCCCAGGUCGGGGCCUGUACAUCCAAAUGGGUUAUGACCCAGAGGACGACUUCUACCACAUACCCCGUGAUGCCACACAACUGUCCCCACUCUGGCGCAAGGGCAAUUGCAGACCUCAGAUGGGUACCUUAUACUUCAUGAACAUGUCAAACCAACUACCGUGCGAGAAAAUCUACCCUUUAUUCCUGCUCUACGACAUGGAAGGGAAUCUUGGGGCAUUCGGCUGGGUUUUCCAGGGACGACCAAACAAUUUCUUCUCCGACGAUGGCAUGGGAUGGUUUCACCUUACCCCUCCCACAUAUCCUUUCUUGUAUGAUCCUGCCAUGUUGCCGGCUUGCAUGUUCAAUGAGAAUUUCCAAGUGUUCGGGAUUCACGUGUACCUCCAAGAGCCCAACAAACUUCUGUGCGAGCCCAUAGCGCAUGUGAAACAGAAGCCCACUACACAACGACUCACACCGCCCACAAGACAGCCUCCAAAACAGACUUACAUCACUUCAAUAACGCACGACAGAAAAAGACAAAAUUCAGAAAAUUACGCCAUAGAGGCUUUGGAUACCUUACCCAUGUCUCGUGCAUCAAAAUUUUACAAUGAAUUCUCAAUAUCAGUGACAUUGGUUCUUGUGUUGUUACGUGCUUUGUUUUUACAAAAUGGUGUCUUUCAAAGAUAGGACGAGAAUAUAGUUGAAUGUAACCUUGUUUUCCAUGAGAACUUUGCAGAAUGUUUCCACAUUUCUAAAGUCGAUGCACGAGAAAUUUGUGCCAUAUCCAAAGGUUGCCAUAUUCAGUGCAUAUUACCCGCUCUCCUGCAGGGAAUACCAUUGAAACUAGAAAUCAAAGAUUCUGUCAGAAGGGUGACAGACAGCCUCAAAAUUUAGGACUCUUUUCUUUUAUGAAUUGAAUUAAGUAUACAUUUAAGUCAUUAUACUGUAGGAGAAAAUUUUAAGCAAACAUGCCCACCACCAUAUGAAUCAAGACUAUAUAAAAAUUAUUUGGCAUUUGUAAAUGCUUCAUAUCGAGCAUUCAGUGUAACACCAACAUAACUCUGUAAAGAGUUAGAAGGAGUUACCUCUGUGUUGCAAUUAACCCUAAAUAUACUUUGAUGGUUCCUAAUAAAAAAUUAGGCGUAGGAACUUGCUGAACUAAAGGGGCAAAAUUAUACCGGUAAUCUAUAAACAAAGGUGGGGUAAGGAAACAAUGUGUGAUUCAUCAGACAGGAAAAGAAUCAAAAAUGUUUUUCACUAUAUCUGCAUCACUUCACCUUGUUUACAAAAUAUGUCAGAAACAUACAAGUGGAUAAAAGUGAAAUCAGAGAAUCGAUGCUUUGUUGACUUGCUGUAACAAUCCUUUGAUGAAGUACACAUGAUUGUUACCAAGUUCUAGAGAUGUUGUGUUUAUGUAAUACCUCUGUCCCAUACAUGUAGCUUUUCAUGUCCUGUAAAACGAUACAUGUACACACAGACCCUAUUCUGGCACAUGCUCAUAGUGUAUACAUGUAUACUGUCACUUGCCCGUGCUUAGAAUAUCAAACUAUAAUAAAUCACAUAAUUUAAUAAUCAUAAUUGUUACUAGUGUUAAAUCGUCAUCAUCAUCAUCAUCAUCAUCAUCAUCAUCAUCAUCAUCAUCAUCAUCAUCAUCAACAUCAUCAUGUAAUAAAUCAAUCAAUCAAUUGUCUUUAUAAUAAUUGCAAUCAUUAUCAUUCCCUUCAUCUUUACCAAUCAAUCAUCAUUUUAAGAGUACAGUAUGAGGUUUGGACAGAGCAUGAAAUUAAACACUUAUAGAAUAUUGCUAAUACAUGUAAAGAGUAAUGUUUUAUUCCAUCCUUUAUCUAGCUUUGUGUUCUUUUUCUUGAAAUACUACUUAUCUAAAGAAAUUGUGCCUUCGGUUUGUUCAUUUUGACAAUUGAUCAUACUCGCCCGCUUUUCCAAAACCUACAUGACUUAUAAUAAAUAAAUAUCCUGUUCAUAAGAAAUGCAUUUUCAUAAGCUUAUGUCAUAGGCAAGUGUGUUAUAAUCUGGAAAAUAUUUUCCUUUAAACUCGCUGGUCAAAAACAUUACUUUAGUAUGAAUGGUUUGAAAGAUUUGUGAAUGAUCAUAAUGAUUGUGGACAAAUGUGAUUUAAAAAUCAUUAAUUGUAUGAAUGCUGCUAAGAGUUAUCACAAUAAAUUUGCACUGUUCAUUUUGUGGUGAUCAUAUAUAGUAAAACACUUUGUGAUAUGGAUUUUGUGCUACACUUUACAAAUAAAAAUAUUUAUGUAAAUACAAUGUGUU